CAAGCGUCGUGUGUUGUUGUGAUAGGCUGUAGUUUUUAAAACUAGGCAUUAAAACAAAAAUAAACUCACAAUCACAGUGGAAUGGAAAGGAUACACACUAACAAGCAUGCAGCCAAUGCUGUGGAUGACUAUUUAGAAUACAAAAGAAUUGUAGGGGAAGAUGAUGGAGGGCAGCUGUUUUCAGAGGACGAAUUCAAGAAAUACAAAGAAACAGUGGUGCCACGAAGAAUACAGAACCGACUUUAUGUCAGUUUUGGUGUCCCGGGACAGAUAGACUGCAAACUCAUUGGACCGGAAACACCUUGCUUUUGUACACAUAGAUAUAAACAGCACCGCACAGACUUUGAGGAGUUGUCAAAAGAGAGACCGAUUCUCCUGCCCUGUAGAGCCAGAGGUUGUCAGUGCGUGUCCUAUCAGUAUGUGCAUAUCAACGGAUCUAGGCCAGUACGCUGCCAGUGCAAGCACACAACCAGUGAGCACAGCGAGGCUCCAGAUCACCUAUGCAAAAAAUGCUCUGACUGCCGUGGCUAUCGAAGUCCGUUCACCUGUGGAUGUGGUCAGCCUGCAUAUGCCCAUGUGACGAUGGUCGAAACCAGGGAUGAGCGUGUGGCACGGGGUCAUCCAGUGGGCAGAGAUGUUCCCUAUGCGGCCAUGGGAGGCCUGACUGGGUUCAGCUCACUGAUAGAUGGCUACCUGAGACUGGAUCCCAGUGGUAUAGGUCAAAUAUGUAACCCCGCAGCACAUGAAGAGGGAAGAAAAUGUGAUGGAAGAGAUGGAAGAGUCAUCCAUCAAUCUAACAAGAAAAACUGAUUAAAAUUGAAAGAUCUAAGAUGUGAG